AUGAGCGCGGCCCGGCCCCGGCCCGCGGCCUGCGCGGCGCUGAGGCGGCUGCGAGCGGCCCGGGGCGGCGGGGGCAGCCAGAUCCAGGGCACACCCAGCACCCCGAGGAAGAGCAGGAGGAGGAAGAGCCUUGCCAUUGCCUAUGAGGCAGGGCAGGGCGAUGGGGCCGAGCCCCCGAGCGCGCCCUGGGAGCCCCGGGACUGGCAGGAGCAGCUGGAGCGCAUCCGGGAGAUGAGGAGGAGCAGGGAUGCUCCUGUGGAUGAGAUGGGAGUGCAGAAGUGCUAUGACACCAGUGCACCUCCACAGGUCAUGCGUUACCAGGUGCUGCUGGCCCUGAUGCUGUCCAGCCAGACCAAGGACCAGGUGACCAGUGCUGCCAUGCUGCGCCUGCGCCGGCGCGGCCUCACCGUGGACAGCGUGCUGCAGAUGGACGAGGAGACCCUGGGACAGAUCAUUUACCCCGUGGGCUUCUGGAGGAACAAGGUGAAGUACAUCAAGCAGACCACAGCCAUCCUGAAGCAGAAGUAUGGGGGUGACAUCCCCAGCACUGUGGAGGAGCUGGUGCAGCUGCCAGGAGUUGGGCCCAAAAUGGCCCAUUUGGCCAUGCACAUUGCCUGGGACAGCGUGGCUGGCAUAGCUGUGGACACCCACGUGCACAGGAUCUCGAACAGGCUCAAGUGGGUGAAGAAGGAGACCAAGAGCCCCGAGCAGACUCGGGUGGCACUGGAGGAGUGGCUGCCCAGGGACCUCUGGAAGGAGAUAAACUGGCUCCUGGUGGGCUUUGGGCAGCAGACCUGCCUGCCUGUCAACCCUCGCUGCAGCCAGUGCCUCAACCAAGACAUUUGCCCAGCUGCCAAGAGCCUCUGAGGGAUCAUCCAGCCUUUGGAGAGCCACAAAGCUGCUUGGGCUGAGCCCUGCUAAAGCUGGGCCUGGCACAGGGCUGGCAGUGUGACUGCAGGGGACAGGAGCCUGCUGCAGCAGCUCCAGGGAGCAGCCACUGGCAAGGGCUCAGCUCUCCAGAGGAAAAAGGGGCUUUGAGAGGCAGCAAUCCUGAAGGCUCCAGCCUGGGUGAAUGGCUGAGCACAGCCCAGCUGUGCCACACUGAGUCACUGCAGAGAAAAGCUUUGUCCUCAGGGACGUGCUGCUGCUUGUAAAUACUCGUUUAAUAAAGGUGGUGAGGGGUUUUUUGCA